CAGUUUGAAGUGAGAACAAUGUCUGAACUGGUAUCACAGAUGAAGCAUCCGCCCGAUAUAUCGAAACCGCGAUGGGAUCAGUCAACAUUCGAAGGGCGUGCUCGCCACUUUUUUGUAACUACAAAUCCGCUAAAUCUGUUUGUAUCUGGAAAACAAUUGGAGAAAGUAAAAAAGAUUGUCCUGGAUUAUAAACAAAAACGCAAAGUGCCUGAGAAUUUAACGGUUGAUGAGUUAUGGCAUGCGAAACACAUCUUCGAUUCUGCUUAUCAUCCUACCACAAAUGAACUUAUGAUUUUGCCAGGACGUAUGAGCUGCCAGGUACCUGGUAAUAUGCUCCUAAGUGGUGGCAUGCUGACUUUCUAUAAAUCCCCAAGUGCUGUAAUAUUUUGGCAAUGGAUAAACCAGUCAUUCAAUGCAGUUGUUAAUUAUACAAACCGUUCGGGCGAUAGCGUUUCCAACAAAACGCUUCUAACGUCAUAUUUCUGCGCAACGGGUGGUGCUGUUACUGCUGCGUUAGGACUCAAUUCACUGGUGAAGUCAAUGCCACCGUUGGUCGGACGUCUGGUACCAUUUUGCGCAAUUGCAAUUGCAAAUGCAAUCAAUAUACCUCUUAUGCGAUCCAAAGAGCUGAUAGAUGGCAUUGCGAUAAAUGAUGAAAACGGUAACAAAGUGGGCACUAGUAAGAAAGUAGCGCGGAUAGCUAUUACCAACGUCACGAUAAGCCGAAUUGGAAUGGCUGCUCCAUCAUUUUUCUGUAUACCAGUUAUGAUGAAUCAGAUCGUGAAGACGAAAUGGUAUCAGAAGCGACCUUGGGUAUCAGCUCCACUACAAGCACUGAUAGCCGGUUUCAUUCUGACAUUUGCAACACCACUGUGCUGCGCCAUUUUUCCGCAGAUAAGUUCCAUUGAAACAAAACAGUUAGAGCCAGAAGUUCAAAAUGAAAUCAGUAAGUCUCGCAACUUACCUGAACGCGUGUAUUACAAUAAAGGACUAUGAUCUGGGGUCUCAUUGCGACGCCUGAAUGUAAUGAUUAAGCUUGUGAAUUAAUAAUUUUCUUAAAUCUUUGUCUACUAGUUAUCUGUGUUGAAGACUGUUUAUUGUAAUUAUGAUAAAAGGAACUAAAGAGGUC